AUGAGAGGACUGUGUUUGCAAGAGAGUGGGGUGGCCCCGAAAUUACGCACGGACCUCGAUGUUCCGACACCUGCACCUCGUGAGGCACUGAUUGAGGUGUUGCGAGCAGGUAUCUGCGGCACGGACUUGCAAAUGAUCGACAACUACAAGCCAGGCUUCAAGGGUGUUCUAGGACACGAAUUCGUCGGCAUUGUGCGGAAGCUUGGAGCGCACUACACGAACGACGAGCUGGCACAGCAGACGUGGAUUGGCAAGCGCGUUGUUGGUGAAAUCAACGUUCCGUGCAACGCGUCAGAGUGUGCGACUUGUGCUCGGUGCAGUCAUGAGCCUACUCAAGGCUGUCCUCCGUUGACCCGAGCAGAAGUCAUGCGUCGCAAUCACUGCCCCAACCGAUCGUGCCUCGGUAUUGUCCAGAAGGAUGGCGCAUUCGCCGAGUUCAUUACGCUCCCGCUUGCGAAUCUCUACGAGGUGCCUGACAGCGUCGUGGACUCCCAUGCCGUCUUUGCUGAGCCACUAGCGGCUGCGUGCCGCAUUCUGGAGCAGCAUCUCAUCCAGCCGUCCGAUCACGUGGUGGUGCUCGGCGACGGCAAGCUUGGUCUCAUGGUAGUAGAGAUCCUGCAUGCGACCAAGGCCGCCAAGUCGGUGACUCUUGUCGGUAAGCACCGCGAGAAGCUGGCGUUAGCGACGCAAUUUGUGCAGAACGUCCACACGCUGGAAGAAGAGAGUGCGGGUGACCCCGAGAUGACGGCGUUUGCUGCUCGGAUCGUGAAAGACAGGGACCCAUUUGACGUGUGCAUUGAGAGCUCGGGAAGUCCCACUGGUAUGUCGCUGGCCCUGAAAUUGGUCCGUGAACGGGGUACGGUGGUGGUCAAGACGACGUGCUCGGCAAAGGAGACUGUGGUGGACACUCGGGCCGUGCAGAGCAAGGGAUUGCGGUUCGUGGGCUCGAGGUGUGGACCAAUGCUGUGGGCCAUACGAUUGCUACGGGACCGCAAAGUCGACGUACAAAAGUACAUUCACGGCGUUUACCCGCUGGAACAAGCAGAGGCAGCAUUGGCCCACGCGGCUCGACGCGGAGCACUUAAGAUUCAGUUUAUUCUCCAUUGA